ACUGGUCUAUAGCUGGUGGUGAACCUACAAAUAAUGCAGUAGUAGCCCUGAAUACAGCUGGUGGUUUUUCUGCUAUUACAAUUGCUCCUGGAAUCAAACUUGGCCAGCUUAUUUUCUUACUCAGAACUGCCUAUACAACCAUCGAAUAUUUAAAACAAAUGGCAGUUUUUGGUCAACUUAUGCAAGAAAAUAUAGGUAUUGAAGAGUUCUCUGCUAAAAUCAAAAAGUAUAAUAUUCGAAUGAUAGCUAAGUUUAAUGAUACGCAAGAUAAUAUUACAGAAGCCUUAGCUGAAACAGAAAAAUUUAUAUUAUCUCAAAAGAAUAAUAGUAAAAAAUCAUCUAAGAAGAAAGUAGAAGAUAUUGGCAUUAAUCACUUUUUGAGUGACUUACUAAAAAAAAAUCCAGAUAAACACCCUGCUGAUGAAUAUAAUCAUGAUCCUAUAGAAGAUAUUUCAGAUAGUUUAGUAGGAUUAACAUUAAAUAGUGUCAUAAAAACUGCUGUUAAAC